AUGACUGCCGAGAUAACAUUGGUUCAAGAGAUACAAAAGUAUCCAUGUCUCUAUAAUAAUAACUUGCCAGAGUACAAUCGUAAGGAUUUAACAGAGGAGGCAUGGGCCGAAGUCGCGCACAACAAUAAUCUUACAGUAAGCGAGUGUAAAGAAAAAUGGAGAAACAUCCGAUGUUCGUUUUUAAGAAGUAUGAAGCCUUCUGCGAAAUACAAAAAGCCAUAUUAUUUGACUGCUUAUCUACAGUUUGUUAUGCCGUUUAUGAAAUCAUUAAAUAAUUUAGAAAUUAUCGAAGAAACUCAAGCAAACGAAACGAACACUCCAACAACGGAAAUUAUAAUAAGUGCGGUAAAAUCGGAGCCGGAGGAUGAUUUUGAAGAUCUAUCCGAUGGGGAGCACACGACUAUGGAAAUCCCCGUAACAAAAGCUGAAACUAUAAGUACGCAGUCAUUAAUAUCACCUCAACAGACUAUAGCCUUUCGAAAACGCAGACGUCCUGCCUCAUUGCAAAAAACAUUCACAGAUAAAAUUAUUAAAAAAGUAAAAUACAAUCAAGGGCAAAUGAUUAAACCUGUUUCAGCCGAUUCAAGUCGAGGGAACAACAACGCGUUGCGAUACUUCCUAUUUAGUCUUCUACCUGAAUUUGAAACUAUGUCUAGCGAACAGAUAAGACUUUUUAAAAUUAAGGUUAUGUUGCUUAUUGAUGAACUGAAAACAAACGAUAAAAGGAUAAGAAAAAGCAUCAACAGUGGGAGCGAGUCGGAACGUCUUCACAAACGUUUAAUAAAUUUGCUUUUAAGGAACCUUAAAAAAUUUUCAUAA